CUGUUAUCUUCGUUUUCAACUGUUUUUUGUUCUAUCGGCAUGCACUGCAUUACAGGUAGAUGAUCAGAGAUUGCAUCGGUUAGAAUGGCGCUGACAGGUUUUCGAUCGUAUAGGUUUGUCCAUAUAUGAUCGAGAAUUGUCGCGCUGUUUUCAGUUAUUCUGGUCGGUUUGGUUACAGUGGGAUAAAAAGAAUAUUGAUUCAUGAACUCAGACAAUUCGUUGACGAAACGGUCCAUCAAGUCGUAGUUAAGAUCACCCAUUAGUAUACUUUGUCUUGAUAGUGAGGGUAAAAUAGUGUUCAUGAGAUUACAAAAAUCUUUAUUUCUAGAAUUAUCAGACAGUGGGGAUCGGUAAAUAGUACCACAGGUUACAAUUCGGUCUUUGAGAUAAACGUCAACAAAUAUUGAUUCGAACGUUUUCUAUUCCAUUGUGGACAAUUCCGGUCUGUUUUAAACAAAGAGGUUUUGAAGCUAAUAUUGGAUACUCCACAACUUGAUGCAUUGCAUCUUUUGAAGCCAGUACUCGAUUUGCAAAGGACUCUAAUUGACAAAUAUCAGUAUAACAUCGACAUGAAUGAUGCCGAUUCAAUAACUUUGCAUCAAUUUUUCGAAAGUAUGAAUAAUAACUCAUUGAUUCGAUUCCAUAUUGAAAGUUACUUCAAAGCAUGGAAAUUGGUUAAUGCUUCAACAUUAUUAACUUGGAAUUCUCCGAUAUCAGUAGCAAUUCCUGCAAAAAGAGGAAACGGAAAAUUUGCAAAAUUGUUAUGCAGACGACUUCUAGACAUUCACAAUGAUUUCCUUACUAAAUGCAACCAAGCUGUAUCAGAACUGAGUUGUGAUGAGAUCUCUGUCUCAGACGUGAAAGAUUCUCAUAUGAUUCAAGUCGACAGAGAAAACGAUUUGAAUGAAUUAAUCAGUAUGCAUGUUAAAUAUGACAUAAAAUAUGAUGCAGGCUGUGGAGCUAUACAUGUUAUAAAAUACAACGUUAACGCACUGGAACGAUUGAUACAAGAAAAACAUGUCAAACACAAGAAAAGAAUAUCAGUCGAGACAAUACCUUGCAUUCAGUACCCACAGGAUGUUGGUAUUUCAGAAGAUAUGUCUGAAUUGAAGACCAGAAUAAAACAAAAAUUACUUUCAACAAAAGAUGAAACAAGCAUUGAUGCCAAUGUAUCUGCUUCGACCCCGGCUCAUCUGUGUGAUGGAGUACGUACGUUAUCACAUGCAAUAAGCUUUUUGUCCAAGACAUCAUCCCAAGCUGAAAACAGCUUGAGGGACUACAUGACAAACACUUUGCUUGUGGAUAGUGAGAGCGUUUCCGUUAUUCCAAAGUCCAUUCAGAUCGAGCAAACAUUAGCUUUAUAUCAACGUCUCACUUGGCACAAGUCUGUGAUGUUUGCUCAGAGAGGACUGAAUCCCUAUGUCGUCGAAGAAGGGCAACAAAAGAUUCCAGAUAAUCUUGUACGUCGUCUUGAAAGGUAUUUCUCUGAAAUUAAAGCUGAAGAACUACAGCAGAGACUCAAUGAGAUACUCAUAACAAAACCAUUCAACUUUCAUUCGGAUUGGAGCCUCCUUGAUAUAUUCCCUGACUUUGACUUCUUAGAUGAAGACAUUCAAAAGAACGCUCGUUGGUACGAUAAAAUGCCUGAAGAAAUUUGCUAUUGUCACAUAAUAGAUUUGUUCAAGCGCACUUGUCUGAUACCUAAAAUUAUCACAAAGAUGUAAAAAAAUGUAUACUGAUUAUCAUUUUCAAGUUGCUUGUAGCAUAGAUUGUUGUAAUUAUGAUUGAAUAUAGUAUUUGCGCAAAAAAUCUGCAUAUUAUUAUUCUUAUUUUAAUCCAUAGAAGUAGCAUGAGUGUGUGUGAUAUUUUACCGCCAAAUAGCUUCUAUUGCGAUUUGAUCUGAAUUAUUCAUAAAAAUAGGGUUUCAUAUGUAAAUUUCUCAUCAAUUGAUUGGCAAAUAUGUAAUAGCUCUAACUUGUGGUUUUAUGUUCUGAAUCAUUCUUGAUUAUUUGAUUUUGAAGUCAAAACUCAUUAUUGUGUGUUAAUAGUAAAUGUAUGUGGAAGAUGAUUUUAUAAGCCCAAUGCCUUAAUACAAUUUCUAAUCUUUGCAUGAUAUUAUUCAUUUUAGUCCUAGUCCAAAGAUCCAGUAGGCUAAUUGUACAUAUAC